UCGCGCGCACCUGCGCAAGCAAGCGCUGGUUUGUAGGCUUGGCAGGCGGUAAAAAACAAACCUAUGAGAUGCACUGAGAGAACCUAUUCCAAUCGGGCAGCUCGAACGUGAUGCCAAGAACGAAGCUGGUCGCCUCACUGACGGGCAAAGCGGCACCGCGCUCGUCGCCGCGGCGGUCGGGCCACGUGGCCAGUGCCGACGAGGGUGGCCUACAUCGCAGCGGCAACGGAGACGACGAGGGUUGCGCUGAGCACAGGACGAGCACGUACCGCAAGCGCCUCAUGACGUUCGACAUUGACGACCCGCUACACAGGAGCUUCCUGAAGGCUGUCCAGGACCGUGGGCCCGCCGUUGUUGUCGUGGAGCCGGUGCAAGGCGUGUCAAACGGCAAGUCGCCGUCCAACCAACAAAACGGCGCCACCGUCACACACCCGGAUCCGUGGCUGUACACGGACGAGUCAGUGAAGGAAGCGGGGGAGCCCGACCGGCGGGCCAGCACUUGGUCCGACUGCUGCGACCCCAGCUCGGUGUGCCUGCCGUCGAGAAGGCGCCGCAAUGCCAGCUUCUUUGGCAGCACCGAAGAGCUCAACCGCGAGCGCAGCCGCCAGGAGUCAUCGGGCCACUGCAUCAUACACCCCUGCAGCGUCUUCAGGAUGUAUUGGGACCUGUGCCUGACGGUACUUCUGGUGGCCAACCUGGUGCUCAUUCCUGUGGACGUGGCAUUCUUUGCCGACCCUGGCGAUCUCUACUGGAUGGCUUUUCACCUGACGUCAGACGCAAUCUUCUUCGUGGACAUCGUCUUCAACUUUCGCACCGGCGUGAUCACCACCGAAGGCGUAGAGCGAGUGAACCUGGACCCGAAGUACAUUGCGCGUCAUUACCUUCGGACCUGGUUCCUGCUAGACUUCCUAAGCACGGUGCCGUUUGACUACAUCUGCGUGCUGGUGGAGAGCACGUUCAAAAGCCUGCGGCAGCCGGGUGCCCUGUCCGCCAUCCGGCUGCUGCACCUCGCCAAACUGCUGUGCUUGCUCAAGCUGCUCAGGCUGUCCAGACUGUGCAGGUACAUCAGCAGCCUCCAAGAGCACACGUUUGUGUACUGCUCAACGGUAUACCUGAGCCUGACAAACAUGGUCGGCCUGAUGCUGCUCAUUGCCCACUGGAACGGCUGCCUGCAGUUCUUCGUAGCCAUGAUGCAGGGAUUUCCCGAGGGCAGCUGGGUACAGAGAAAUGGCAUCCAGCACCGACCUAUAUUUGAGCAGUACUCCUGGUCCCUGUUCAAUGCGCUGUCUCAAAUGCUAUCCAUCGGGUAUGGACAGAAUGCACCGGCCACAGUCGUCGAUAUGUGGCUCGUCACUGUUGGCAUGGUCACCGGUGCCACUGGCUACGCGCUCCUGAUUGGCCACGCCACAACGCUCAUCCAGAGCCUGGAUUACACCAAGCGGUUGCACCGGGAGAAGAUGGAGCGCGUGGAGGAGUACAUGCAGUACCGGCGCAUGCCCAAGGAGCUUCGUUUCCGCGUGCGCAAUUACUUCGAGCAUCGGCACGAAGGAAAGGCUUUCGACGAAGAUGCCAUACUGGCUGAACUUUCGCAGCCCCUCAAGGAGGACGUGAUGAAGCACAACUGCCGGGCCACGCUUCGAGCGGUGCCGUUCCUGUCGCACGUGGACCCGGGCUUCGUGAGUGACCUGGUGACGAGGCUGCGCUACGAGUUCUUCCAACCUGGUGACGUCAUCAUACAGCAGGGGUCCGUGGGUCGCAAGAUGUACUUCAUCCAGUCGGGCACCGUCAAGCUGCUCCUCGACGGCUCGCGGUUCCUCGGCACACUGUCCGAGGGCAGCUACUUCGGAGAGAUCUGCCUGCUGACGAAGACGACGAGGAACGCGAGCGUCAUAGCGGACACCUACUGCGACCUCUUCUCGCUGUCCGCGGAGAACUUCAACGAGGUGCUGCUCCAGUACCCGCUGCUGCGCAGCUCACUCGAGGCCACCGCGGCUCAGCGCAUCGCGCACAACUCAGCAUUCCGCGCGUGCGACAGCGAGCAUUUAUGAGGGUUGCCCGUCUCCCGCACAAGUCACGAGUGUCACAUUAGUUAGCACGGCAGGAGCGAGAACCGUGCUCUCGGUGCCAAAGAGAGACCAGCAGGAAAAGCAAGGCAAGGUGUGGCCGGUGUUGUCUUGCGGUUACGACAAAGGCUGCGCCCGACAACGGCUGUUUCUACCGAGCGAGUCGGUGCAGGGCUGAGCCUAGAACCAACAGCAAUACACGGAUGACAUAAGACGACGCACAGAUGUCGUCUGUGGGGCAGCCAAGUGUCGUUUUCCUUCUUAUGUGCCUCGCCAUUGCACCUAGUCUGUAAGUGGUAACUUGUGAUCAGCCUGUGCUCAUAUUUGUUCCCUUGUACUAGCGUUGGUUCGGUUUAAUUAUUUUCUGUAUUAUAGUGCGUCAUUCUUGC